CAUCAACAAGAGCAUGAACGCAUGAACGCGAGCUCUUGUGGAGGGAGCAAGUGCCGCUUUUCUUCGCAUUUGUUGCUCGUGUGAUUCCGCGAUUAAGCUCUGUGCCGCGGUGUCUGAGCAACACGUGUCUCGUUUAUUUAAAAAAUCUAGUAGUGGUACGCAACGCAUCCCUCCAGCCUCCAGUGAUAGGAUCACUCACGAAGUGCACAAGGUGGGCUCACAGCGUUUGAAGCCGACGGAAACUCCUUGAAAACUUAGUUGGUAACGCCGUACUGGGAGGCAUUGGUCGUGGCAACCGAUAACUGCGGACUGAGAUCAGGCGAAGUAAUGGCGGAGCAAGAUAGCAACAUGCCCAGCACGUCGUCGGCCACGGUGCAAGCAGACAACGUGGAUGACCUGGUCUUUGAUCUUCCGGCCGACCUGCUCGACAUGUCUUUUGUGCUGCCGGAGGAGCCCAAGUCGACGGCUCCUGAUGAUGCUGCCGGUCCAUCUGGUAGUGAGCCACCACCACCACCCCAGCCCAAGCCGCGCAAGAAGAAAAGCAAGAACCGACCCGCCAUGCCUGUGCUGCGUUCGAGCCGUGGCCGGGACCUGAAGGCCACCGUCCGGUACAACAGCGCGGGAUACAAGGCCGACGAGAAGUCAUGGACAGUGCCUGAACGUAAACGCCUGCUGGCUGCACUGAAGGAACACGGAAGCAGCGACGUCAGCAAACUGGCCCAGGCUGUCCGCACGCGAAGUGUUGCUGCUGUCAGCCACUUCCUGCUGGAACGGCGGCGCUUGAAGGAUCGUGUCGUGAUUCAGGGCCCAGCUGGCAGCAGGGCAGCAUACUCAACACGUGUCUUGCGGAGAGCUCUGAAUGUGAUACGGCGUCGCUACGACCGCUCAAAAUUGCUCCCACAGGUGGUAGCCGCAUGUGAGCGGCAGCCGUUUCCGGAGCCCGCGGAGGACUCCACUGGGGAGCUGCCCCAGUUUGAGGACCUCUACCAGGUGAUCCGCGAGUUGAUGGAGAACCACGUGCCAGCCGCCCUGGGAGACUGCGAGCUCUGGCUGCUGCGUCGUCUGCUGUGGACCCUAGGCAACAUGAUCAAUACACUCGACUUAGCCGCUGCAAAGGAGGCCUUACACCAGGCUCUCCUCUGGGCUGCCGCACAGCCUGCUGACGGCUACUCAAAGCCCGCUGGCCAGGGCCAGGAUGACGAGCAAUGCCAAGCUGCACCGUCCGAGGACAAUGCCCGGCGCUACCUCAACUUCCCCAGCAUGAAAGAGCGCAAGGACGGCCUGCGCUCCUCGUGGAACCCGCUCCAGAUGUCCACGGCCGUCAUCCAAGGUCCGUGGGCCAUGAUCCGGGAGCACCUAGCCCAGAAUGCCUCCCGUCGCAGGUGUGACAAAAACGUCCCUUCUGCUGUGGCAGGUCCAUCAACCUCCUCUGCCGCUGCCACUGGCAACACCUCGACCUCUCGCAAGAAGACCGAGCUGCGACCUCUGGAGGCGUUCCGUGCCUGGAAGAACUGAUCCAGCUGCGUUCCACGAGGCCGGUGUUUUCAGCACGAUGUGUUGCCGUUGUGACAUGUGCUGUGCUCCUGGACAUGACUAGCACCAGAAGUCCUAAACAAAGGAAGCGACUGAACUUUAUAGCUUUUGUGUGGUGUGAGCUCGUGUUGUGGUGUGAUGUGGUGUGGUGCGUGGUGUGAGCUCGUGCUGGUGUUAGAAGAGCAAUACAUUGCACUAGUUGGUGGCAUUUCAUAUAGUAAUUUGUUAUUGUGCUGUGCACUUAAAAAGACAGGAACAGGUGUGCAAAUUUAUGGACAGUCUAUUCAUAUUGUGUGAGAUAUCAUGUAAAUGCUAAGUACUACAUGGACAAAGAAAGGGAGAGUGAAAUGCCAAAAAAAAACAAGAAAAGUCAAGUAAUCAUAAUGCAGAAGUGCUAUGUGACCUUUAUAUAACACAACACGAAAAAACCGGCUUUAACUUUGUGCACCAUUCAUUGUCGCAGUCUCUCUGUUCCCGUAUUCUUAAGUACACAGCGUUAGAAGGAAGUGUGCCAGCUUGUUCCAUUUACAAUCCUGGCCAGCUUUGUGAGUGCAUUUAACAUUCCAGUCCAGCUUUGUGAGCAGGCUUUGUGAUUAUCUAGGUUUAACUAGACACCAAUGGAAUUUGUACCCUGUGAACGUAUGUAUAGGUGGCCUCUUGUCAUGCACUGCACAGCUGCAGUGCAUGACACACUUUGCAGGCAAAGGUAAUGUGUUAUGGAAGCCAGGCACUAAUGACACACGCUUGACUGAGGUUAUGCCUGUUGGUACUGCCACUGCAAUAAUGGACUGUGCUGUCUUGUAGCAUCAUCACCCACACUCACAUACUUAUUGAUGGAAUAUGGACUCUAGAUUUAUUUGUCCCUCAUUUA